ACCCGUCAAGCAUGGAUCGCAGCGCAGAGUUCAGGAGAUGGAAGGCGCAGUGUCUCAGCAGAGCGGACCUCAGCCGGAAGGGCAGUGUGGACGAGGAUGCGGUAGAGAUUGUGCAGCUCCUGAACGCGCAGGAACAGUUUUUCACCACCAGCUCCUGCGCGGGCCGCAUCCUCCUCCUAGAUGGGGGCAUAAAUGGCUUUGAGGUUCAGAAAAAACAGUGUUGCUGGCUGCUGGUUACACAUAAACCUUGCGUAAAAGAGGAUAUGAUUGUAGCUCUGAGGAAGGCGAAUGGCGAUGCCAUUUUGAAAUUUGAACCAUUUGUUCUUCACGUGCAGUGUCGACAAUUGAGGGAUGCACAAAUUCUGCAUGCAGUGGCAAUCAAUUCUGGUUUCAGGAACUCUGGCAUAACAGUGGGAAAGAGAGGGAAGACUAUAUUGGCUGUCCGGAGCACACAUGGCUUAGAAGUUCCAUUAAGCCAUAAUGGGAAACUGAUGGUGACAGAGGAAUAUGUUGACUUCCUGUUAAAUAUAGCAAAUCAGAAAAUGGAGGAAAAUAAGAAAAGAAUUGAAAGGUUUUACAGCUGCCUACAACAUGCUUUGAAAAGGGAAACUAUUACUAACUCACAGACUGAGAUCAAAGACCCAUUUGAUACUCACAAGAAAAAAAGAAACCAAGAAAAAUCACAUUACAAACGUAUUACUGAAGACUGUGACAAAGAACUUGAAAAUGAUGAUGCUGACGAUCCAGGAAUCAAUGUCACUAUCUUCCCUGAAGAUUACUAAGAUUUGUUUUGAAGUGUCUUGGUAGAAGAAUACUUCUAAUAGGUUUUAUAAAGCUACUCUUUAUAGGAGUAUCUGGUGAGUGUAUCAGUCAUCCAGAAUAGCAAGAUUUCAUUUCUCUAUAAUUUAGGGAAACCUAUUUUAUAAACAUAGAUGGCUUAAAUUUUUUUAAAUAGAUGCAAUAAUUGUACAUAGCUAUGGUGUACAACGUACUAUUUCAUGUGUAUAUUGUAUAAUGUCAAAUCAGGGUAAAGAUACAUACUUCCUCAAACAUUCCUCAAACAUUUGACAUUUCUUUAUUAUAAAAAUGUUCAAAAUC